UUUGCUGUAACUGAGCUUUGGGCAGAGUGUGUCUCUGAUUGUGUGUGUGUGUGUGUGUCUUUAGGAAAGUGGAGGCAGCGUCUGGCAGGGUGAGGUUAGAUUCCUGAUCUCUGUUGGGUCUUGUUGGAGGAUUCCAACUGCCUACAACAGCCGCGGGACACAUUCGGCUGGAAAAGCGGAUAACGGUCUGGAAAAGUUGAGAGAAGGGAAGCUUUUGCUUUUUUCUUUUUUUGGUUGUGACUCUGGAUGUCAGCAAUAACAUUUGGAAGUUACCUGUGCGGAGAUUUCCCGAUUUUUUUGGGUGUGGAUUCGACAUCCUACAGCUAGGUGGCAGUCAUCGUACCAGAAGCCAGCCAAUUCUACAGAGGUCACGUGACCGGUGUCAACAAGGAAGUGCCGAUUUGCUUUGAAUUCAAGGCGCUAACUUCAGAACUACAAAGUUAAAGUACGAAGUUUUCAGGGAUGCCCUCUUCGGAACCGGUCCGGUUCGGUCGCAAGCGUCCCCUUCCGCCCUGUCCGAACCCGCUCUUCCUCCAGUGGCUCACGGAGCUCCGCGACGAGGCGAAAGAGAAGGGCCUGAAGAUCCAGUACACCUACCAGAAGGCCAUCAACUCCUUGAACAAAUACCCCCUCCCGUUGCAAAACGCCAAAGAGGCGAAGAUCCUGCAGAACUUUGGAGACGGGAUCUGCAGAAUCCUGGAGGAGAAGCUGCAGCGUCACUCCAGAGAGAAGGGUCCGGGCCCGCCUGAAGCCACUUGGAUCCAGAACUCUGAGCCCGGAGGCUCGCGGCUGGACCCUCCUGCAGGUCCCAUUCACUGCCCCUCCACGGCAGCGCCCCCUCCUGGACCAGCAGAACGCAGCAACAGGCUGGCUCCUUCCAAAAAGAAGAACGGCGACGAAGAUGAGGGCAGGCAGAGAGGAGGAGCGAGGAGGAAGAGGGAGUACGUUCCCCAGAGGAGGUCUGGAGGUCACGCCGUCCUGCUGGCCCUGUACAGACAGUCGCAGGUCCCGGACGGCAGAUCCUACAUGUUCAAGCUGGAGUUGCAGGCGGAAGCUCAGCCUCUUUGUGACAAGUCCUUCACUGUGCCCGACCCGGGCAGCAAGUACACGGCCUGGUCCUCGGUCAGCACCCUGAUCCAGAAGAACCUGGUCCUGAAGACGCACAGUCCGGCACGGUACUCGCUCACAGAGGAAGGUCUGGCUCUGGCCCGGCGGCUGGCGGCAGUGGAGCAGGAGGAGGAAGAUGAGGAGGCGGCCGGGCCAGGAGGAGGAGGAGAAGACGGGAGGAGGAGGGAGCGGCAGGAGCUGGAGGACGACUGCGCUGGCGUGGUGGAUCUCACGGAGAGCGAUGAAGACGACGAGACGGCCGGCUGCGCCACUCUGACUGACGACGUCGGUUCCUCGUCAGGAGGACCUCAGGGUUCCAGGACUACAAGCGGGAACGCCGACCGAGACGUUCUCGCUCCCGGGACGUACGAGAUCCUCCUGUGCGUGGACUUUAUCGAGACCACGGGCGGGAGCCAGCACCGGAAGCAGGAGCUGGUGAAGGAGCUGCAGAGGAACGGCGUCCGCUUCGACGUCCGGAAGCUGAACGUGGGAGAUUUCCUGUGGGUGGCGCGGGAAAACAUGGCCCCCGUUCCAGGUCAGCUGCGAGCGCCGGCGGGCCGUGAGCUCGUGCUGGAUUACAUCAUCGAGAGGAAGAGGAUGGACGACCUCUGUGGCAGCAUCAUCGACGGGCGUUUCCGCGAGCAAAAGUUUCGUCUAAAGAGGUGUGGCCUCCGCAAGCCCAUCUAUUUAGUAGAGGGGGGCUCGACAGCCGCCUCUCACCUGAGUCUACCUGAAGCUACGCUGCAGCAGGCCAUAGUGAACACGCAGGUGGUGGACGGCUUCUUUGUGAAGAGAGUUCAGGAUGUGAGGGAGUCGGCGGCUUACCUGACCGUCAUGACCAGACACCUGACCAAACUCUACCAGAACUGCACCCUGAGCCGCCGCUCCAGAGAGCAGGAGGGGGACGCGGCGAGCGACGAGGAGGCGACGGCGUCCUGCUCCCUCAUGUCGUUCGCAGAGUUCAACCACGGAGCCGUGAAGAACAAGUGUCAGACGGUGAGGGAGGUGUUUGCCAGGCAGUUGAUGCAGAUAAGCGGGUUGUCUGGAGACAAAGCAGCCGCCAUACUGCAGCACUACAGCACCCCCUACAGAUCUGAUCCCCAAGAAGCUCUACAGGACAAGAUGUCAUGCAGAACUCCCAACGAAAGCAUGACUUUCUCCAUCAACCAGACGCAGUAUACACCCAAUCUGAAUUCUUUGGACUUGUUUCUCAUUUCCCUCCAUGGAAUAGUUUCAAUCAUCGGCAUUGUGGAAAACCUCUUAAUCCUGGCUGUGGUGGGUUUUUACAUCCGCCGCUCUAUAAUCAGCACCUGGAUCUUGAACCUGGCAGCGUCUGACCUGUUGACCUCAGCCUUCCUGCCUUUCUUCACCCUGUACAUGGCCCAAGGAAAUAACUGGAUAUUGGGCAAAACCUUCUGCCGGAUCUAUUCCUCCAUCUUUUUCUUCAACAUGCACUUCAGUGGGUUCCUGCUGGCGGCCAUUUCUCUGGACCGCUGCCUGGUGGUGGUGAGGCCGGUCUGGGCCCAGAACUACAGAAGUAUCAAAGGAGUUAAGAGGAUUUGCGCAGGAAUCUGGAUGCUGGCCAUCAUCUGCAUCAUACCCUUUUUUUUGUUCCGUGACAUCAUUAAGGUUGGAGAUGGAAGGAAUCUGUGCUAUUACAACUACGCUCUGUAUCCUCCAAGUGAUCUGAACAAUCUACAGGCUUUAUGCAAGCAGCGCAAAGAGAUUUUAGCUUUCACCAAGUUCCUUUUAGCCUUCCUAAUUCCUCUCCUGAUCAUCAUCUUCAGCUACUUAGCAGUGAACUCCAGCCUGGCUCGUCGGGGAUGCCGCCGCGGCCCUUUGCGUUUGGUCCGGCUUGUGACCUUCUUUCUCUGCUGGGCCCCGUACCAGCUUUUCAUCAUUAUGGAGGUCAUGGCCCCAAACAAGCACCCUGUGAAAAAAUUUACUGAGAAGGCCCUUCCAGUUGCAGCAACGAUUGCUUUCCUAAACGCCACCUUGAAUCCCAUCUUGUACGUGUUCAGCUGCAACGACCUGCGCAUGAAGAUCAGGCACUCCUUUGGGGCGGUGAUGGAGAGAGUUCGCUGGUGAAGAAUCUGGUGGAGUUUACCCGCCAUCGCAGCACAGCUCGAAUCAGCCAAUCUGAGCUCAUGCUGAGGAAGAAGAGCAACAUCAGAAAAGUGUCUCCAAGCACUGAAGAGCAAGAGCAGAAAGACUGAACAAUUGCACUAUACCCCUCUGCCGCCCUUAAAAACAUAGCUGGAAGUUUUGAAAAGCCGAUUGUAGAUCUGUUAGUUGCUGGGUAGUUUUCAACAUUAUAUCCUGUUGGCAUUUUUAUUGAAAUAAAGGGCCAGUAAACAAAGAUCAUUCAAGUCAAA